AGUUUUCUUAUAUCAUACAAUAAAUCGUCCUAAUCUGUAACGCUUUUUAAAUUGCAUGCGAGUAAUCAUUAUCAUUAUCAUUUGCAGUAGGUAAUCUAAAAAUCAAAGCCGAUAUCUCGUCACUGAUAACCGAACGUUCGCGAAAAAGUUUUCAAAAUUUUACACUUGCAUUUCUGUUGCUCGCAAAUCAAAGAGGAUUGUUAUGAAGAAGAAUAUUAAAAUUUGAUCCCCGUUUUAUUCCAAUACAUGGAAGGCACAUUUGACAUAAUAUGCCAAAACAAAAGGAUCUGUUAUCAAAACUUAUCUGUAGGAGAUUUAUUAAUUUUUUAAUGCAUAUAGAAAUAAAUUCGAGAAAAUAUAAUUGAUAGAUUUGUAUUUCUCUGUACACAAAACUAGAUAUUUCUGAAUGGAAAAAUUUCAAAGUUUUAGAUAAAGUUUUAAAUAAAGUUUGGCGACGAAACAAAAUUUCAAGGUUUUAGAUAAAAGUUUGUUGACGAAAAAGAAUAUAAAAAAGAAACGAAAUACAAGAAUUAUGACUUCAAAUCGACUCAAAAAUUGUAUGAAUAGUAAAAGAUUGCAACAUUAAUAUCGUUCGUUCUUUGCUAGAUUUACUUUGAAGAAUAUCUGCAUCGACAAUAAAUACUGACCUUUAUCUUUUGCUCUAUAAUUAUUAUAUGUGUGUGUAUUAUUUAUUAUGCUCAUUCUGCUCGUGGAAAAAUUUUACGUAACAUCUCGAUGACAAGGAGCGAAAAUUGCUGCGUGUAUAUUAAAAAUGCUCGACCGCAGCGCACUAUUUUCAUGCACAGAGAGCUAGAGAGAGAGAGAGUGAGAGAGCUCGCGCACUGAAACUAUAAAUAUAUCCUCAUUUUGUCGGACUUCUUGUUACAUUACGAAAGGAAGCAUGGCUUAUGUGCGAAACAUAUAAUCGCGCAGAACGGCCAGCAUUCGACACAUUUGUGCUGGAGAUAUCUCUUAAUUGGACACGAUGGCGAAUGAGAGAAUGGACCUGGACAAACCCUUGUGGGAUCAAAACACCUUCGUGGGACGGUGGAAAUACUUCGCGUGGAUGACCGACUUCCGCACCUGCGUCAAAUCAGAAUCGGAGCUGUUAGCUGCUAAGAAGUUGUGCGAGCAGUACAGAAUUGGCAAAGAGCCAGCCGAUACUACCAGAGAGCAAAUCAUCUAUGCGAGGAAGCUGUACGAAUCCGCCUUUCAUCCCGACACCGGCGAUCUGCAGAAUGUCUUCGGCAGAAUGUCCUUCCAGGUGCCGGGAGGAAUGGCCAUUACCGGCGCUAUGCUUCAAUUUUACAGGACGACUCAAGCGGUAGUUUUUUGGCAAUGGGUCAACCAGUCUUUCAACGCGCUCGUCAAUUACACCAACAGGAAUGCUAACAGUCCUGUAACGACCAAUCAGCUAGGUGUAGCUUACGUUAGUGCUACUGUCGCGGCGAUGAUAACUGCGAUAGGAUGCAAAUCGUAUUGGGAGAAACGCGCGAGCCCUUUAAUGGCUAGGUACGUUCCGUUCGCCGCAGUGGCGGCCGCUAAUUGCGCUAAUAUCCCUCUAAUGAGACAGAAUGAAAUUGUAAACGGCGUGGAUCUCGUUGACGAGGACGGCAGGAAACUUACAAAAUCGAAGCUCGCGGCUGUGAAAGGCAUCAGUCAAGUCGUCAUUUCGAGAAUCGUCAUGUGCGCACCCGGCAUGCUUAUCCUACCGCCCAUAAUGGAAAGAUUGGAGAAAUACGCGUGGAUGCAGAGAAUCAAACCACUGCACGCGCCGAUACAAAUUAUGAUGUGUGGAAUUUCGCUGACGUUUAUGGUGCCGACGGCGUGUGCGCUAUUUCCACAAAUGUGCUCCUUCAAAACGACUACCUUGCAGCGCUGGGAGCCGGAAAACUACGAGUUACUACAAAAGAAUUGCGAAGGCAAACUGCCGACGUAUUUAUAUUUUAACAAGGGGUUAUAAUGUUAUGAGAAAAGUUCUAGUUCUAUGAAAUUAAAAACGUAAAUAAGUGUUAUUAUUCCAUCCUUUAUAAAAAUAUCGUUGUUUCAAGUGACACCGUGAUGGUAAACUCUUCUGCUGGAUCAGAAACAAACUCGAAAUUAAUAUUAAUAUAACUUAUUAAGUUAGAGUCAAUUAUUAUAAUAGGAAUUUUUUUAAUUUGUUGUUAAAAAUUUACGCACAGCUCUUUCUUAUGAUUUGAGGUAAUGUCGUAUAUUAAUAAUAUUUUAAUUAACGUUUAGUCAAUUUUAAAUUAGGAUUUAGACACAAGACGUAAUAUCCGCAGGGUGACAAAAUAAAAUUACGUCGGCACAUGCUAAAGUAUCUUACAAUAAGAGAGAAGUGUCUUUAGCCACAAUGCAAUAGAAACAAUAGAUUAGUAAAGGAUGAAACGUUGACAAUAUAAAUUGGUGUUUUACUGACGCAUAAUUACAAAUUGUAGCAAUAAUUUUAUUUAUAUAAAUAAGUGCUUCAUUGUUCCUGUGUCAGGCGUUUUAACAUUAAUUUAUAAGUUUCGCAUGUUUUAAAUGCAAUAUUUACUUAAGCACUGUAAUUACUUAAUGUUAUUAAUAUUAUUGAAUUUUGUGAUGCCUGUCAAAGGUAAAAAUGCUGCCACAUAUAAUUACAAUAAGAAACUCUUUGCUACAUAUAUAAUUAAUGAUAGAUAUAGUAACAUCACGAUUGCAUCAAUAAAUUUUGUUCGAUAACUGAA